AUGGUACUAGUUGUUGAUAAGGCCUCCCAACUCAACGUCGACGAAAAGAGCCCUUACGAAGUCGGCCAGAAGCAGACGGAACAUUACACACGCCUUUACAAUGAAGUAACUCCUGGAGUCCCAGAGGUCACAAUCAAGUUUCAAGAGCCACUUAGCGCCCGUAUUUUCCUCAAUGGGCAGACACCCAUCCACAAGGGUACAGGAGUGGAGAUCGAAGAUGUCCAUCGGUUUUCGUUCGGAAUGUCCAUAGCUCACACAAGCUUGUUCAACUUUAUGGAAAUCAUACAAGUCAGUCUGGACUCCCCUUCCACUGAUAUUUGCCUUCGUGAUUUGGCGGAAUCGACAUCAAACAUCUACAAGCUAUUACGUCCCUGGUUUUGCUCUUCACAACCUUGUCAUGAGGUCUUCAAACCGAUCAAAUCUCAAGCGCUUUCUUAUAUCACAGCGAUAGACUUUAGCAUUACGGCAGCUCAGAAAGGAUACACCUUCUGCGACGAAGUCAUAGCAUUCGCGGCGUCUCUCGGCUCAAGCAACGAUGCGGACCGUCAAGAGUAUCUUCGGGGCAUGGUCGACUUGGCCCAUCAGGCAGAAGGGAACGCAGAAAGAGCCAAGGCUGAAUUCCGAAAUGUACGAAUCGUGGUGGGACAGCUUGUCCAAGAUGCGAAGAAGAAUAUAAAUCUGAACCAAUAUGAAACGGCAUCGUCGAAUGAAACGCGAUUGAAAGAAUUCGAAGAUGGCGUAUCUCUGCUCGAAAGGUUCUCUGCCUGUAUUUCCUCGUACAUUUCCUGGUGGAAUACGAUUUACAUGAGCCACAAAUCCCAAGUCACACGGCAAACUCACGUCGCUACCAAUUACAAUAAAAUUCGCAAUAAUGAUGUUCUUACCAAGUGGAAAGAGUUACGUCAGGAGUAUGUGUUUUACACCGACAGGAUACAGCACAUUCAAGACACCAACUCUGAUUUCAGAAAGAAUGCUUUCCAGUUUCUUGAGGAGCACCAAAAAGCAACCUCGGACUUUACAGGCUUCCAUGACGGGUACGAUGGAACACAUUCAGAUCAGUUAAUUCCACCCCCGUCAUCUCGACGUCUAGCAAAUGACCAAGUCCCUUUUCCAUCAACCCAUUUAAACACAGGCGACCCCACUGCCUUACUCUUCAUUCCUAUUGCAAUUUCGUACAGGCAUCUGGCACGCCAUUCAAGUACCAUGGGCAAGAGGGAACGGUUCCUACAUUUUAUUGGGCUGAAGCAUCAAUCAUGUACGAUGAGCAAGAUUCAGGAGGGAAGGCACGGGGAGCCAAAUCACAGUAGUGAUUAG